AUGAAGAAUGCCGACGCUUCACUGGCUGUUGAGCUGUACACGUUUUAUGCUCGCUUUGACGCUGUAGCAAUUAAAACAACAAAAGUCUGCACGUGCACGGAGUGCACCAGUGAAAACGAUGCCUUCAUCAUCACAGAGCAUGCUGUGAGGAAAGCUUUCAGGAGAGUGAACACCAUGAGGGCAGCAGGACUAGAUGCAAUCCCUGGUCGAGUUCUGAGAGCCUGCGCUGACCAGCUAGCACUGGUGUUCACGGAGAUCUUCAACCUCUCCCUGGCCCAAGCAGUGAUUCCCACAUGCUUCAAAGAGUCCAUCAUUUUCCCUGUCCCAAAUAAACAACAGCCCGCUUGCCACAAUGAUUACCGCCAACUAGCACUGACUUCAAUUGUGAUGAAGUGUUUUGAAAGACUGAUGAGAGAUCACAUCCCUUCUUCACUACCUGCCACCAUCGACCCACUUCAGGCCAGACCAGCAGUUCAGACAUCAACAUCUUGGAAUGCUUCUAUCAUCUGGGAGGGAAUGUUUGAACCAAAUCUUUUUGAUCAAAAACACAUAGGAGAAAAGUCAUCAGUGGCCCUUACUGUGUUUGCUGUGGGACGGUACCUGGAUGCCUACCUCAAGACUUUCCUCAUCUCAGCAGAACAACAUUUUAUGUUGGGAUUACCAGUGACAUAUUAUGUGUUUACAGACUUACCAGACAAAGUACCAAACAUCACACUUGCUUCUCACAGAAACAUAAAGGUUAUCCAGGUGGGAAAGCACACCAGAUGGCAAGACAUUUCUAUGAUGCGAAUGAGGACAAUAUCAGAAGCUAUAGAGUCAGAGAUCCGUCACAGAUUUCAUUAUGUCUUCUGUUUUGAUGUGGAUCAGGAGUUUAAGGGGAGAUUUGGGUCUGAGGCACUGGGUGAUUCUGUGGCUUUGCUCCAUGCCCACUAUUAUAAAUUACCAAAAGCCCGGUUUACCUACGACAGAAACCCCAAAUCUAAAGCCUUCAUGGAAACUGGAGAUUUCUGCUACCAUGCUGCUAUCUUUGGAGGAACGUGGCAAAAUGUAAAGCAUUUGGUAGAUGCUUGUUAUCUGGCUAUCAUGGAGGAUAAAAUAAAUGAUGUGGAGGCUCUGUGGCAUGAUGAGAGCCAUCUAAACAAGUACUUUUGGAUUCAUAAACCAAGCAGGCUGCUGUCUCCAGAGUACUGCUGGGACCAGAGCAUUUGGGACAAGCAGGAUAUACUUGUCACCCGCCUAGUGUGGGCACCAAAACAUUAUGACACACUUCGUACUGGCUAGAUUGAAAAUCAAAGUUGGAAUUAUUUUAUAAGCAAGGGGAUAGCUUGUUAAACGUGUAU